AUGCCUAUCCCACUCAGCACUAUCACAACCUUCCGCACCACCUUCAACCCUUUCACCCAAGCGUCCCGACCCUGCCGCCUCUUUCUCUCGCUCCUGCGUACGCCAAACACAACACCGACUAGCAGCCCUACCCACAUCGACAUCAAGGUGACGCAGCUGCCACGCAACUCGACAGUGCCACCUACCAUGACCGUCGGUUUCAAGGGCGGCAAGGAGCUGGUUCUCGAUGUUGGCAAGCGUGGCCUGAAGAUCGGCGAUGUAGUUGAGGAGGUAUCGCGGGUUGCGCGUGCUUUGGAGCGUGAGGCUAGUUUGAAGGGUUAA